AAGUUCACUUGUAAACCAUUUUAGUUGAUACAAUUGAGAUUAGAAGAUCUGAUACGUUUGAACUCAUGUUUUAAAAGCGAAAAGGUUCAUUUUGACAUUUUCUAACUUAAUUCUUUUUAAAAAGGUGUACAUAAUGGAUGUACCAAUUAAUAUAAAGAGGCAAGGGAACUUAGAUUGGCAGCUCCAAUUUUCUAUUUGCUUUGGUUUAGGGGGUGAACAGGAGGAUUCCAAACCCUGCCCUGCCCUGAUUACCGCUUGAAGAGAUCAAAUUUCUUUUUUAUUUAUAAUGAAUAUUUCCAGCGUUUCCACCUGAUAUUGUUCCCUACUAUCCAUCUUCAAUCCCCAUCGUAUCUGUCUCUUCUUCUUCUGCUUCUUCUGCUUCUUCUUCUUCAUCAUCAUCAAGCUCAACACAACACAGAGGAAAGCCGCACCGGCCCGCAUGAAAGGGAUGAAUGAUGAUAAGACUGAUGAGGCAGGAAAGAGAGAGGCCAUGAUUAAACCCAGAAUGCCGAAACACAGAGAAAAGCAUACUUAAGCACAAUCGCUCAAUGAAUAAUAUGCCAAACGCCAUUACUUGACUUCUCUUUCUCUUUCUGUUCCUGUUUCUCUCUCUUUGUGUUAUUGUGAAGCCAAAAACACAAAACAACCGCAGUACUAAUAGCAAGUAAGAAGACACACGCAGAAGGGGUUUCCGUAUAUGUCCCUUCACAGCUCAUCAAAGCCCAUAACCAGCCUGUACCUUUUUUCCCUAUGAAACCCAUUUUCUCUUCCUUUCACUCCCUCCAUUCCCCACUCCUUCACCCUCCUCUUCCCCUCCACCGCCGUCCACGGUGGCCCCGCAUGGACUCCUCCACCCCCCACCAAGAUAGCAGCGAAAACAAGGCCAAACUCAUCGUCAUCAUGGGCGCCACGGGCACCGGAAAGUCCCGUCUCUCCAUCGACUUGUCCAGCCGUUUCCCCCACUCUCAAAUCAUAAACUCAGACAAAAUGCAACUUUACAACGGCUUGGACAUAACCACCAACAAAAUCCCCCUCCACGAAAGGAAGGGGGUUCCACACUUUCUGCUGGGCGAGUUCGACUCAAUCGACGCUGACGUGGCGCCCUCACAGUUCCGUUCCUCUGCGGGUUUAACCAUCGCCAACAUUGUUUCGCGUGGGAAUUUGCCGUUUCUUGUUGGUGGGUCCAACUCUUUUAUUCACGCUCUCCUUGUGGAAACCUUUGACUCUGAAGUGGACGUGUUCGCCGGGUCGGGCUCAGUGAGUCACGUGUUGAGGUAUGAUUGUUGUUUUCUUUGGGUUGACGUUGCGUGGUCGGUACUCUGUGACUAUUUGUGCAAACGAGUUGAUGAAAUGCUUGAUUCGGGGAUGUUCGAAGAGUUGGCUCAGUUCUAUGCCCCGGACAAAGAGAGUGUCCGGGUCGGGCUAAGGAAAGCAAUCGGAGUGCCCGAAUUUGACGGAUAUUUUAGGAAGUACCCUCCGUGGGAAAGCGAAGAAAACGGCAUGGUUCCGGAGGAGGGGUGUGAUCCGGUACGGAGGGAAGCGUACGAGGAAGCGGUGAGGGAGAUUCAAGAUAACACGUGUCGGUUGGCUAAGAGGCAGAUAGGGAAGAUCUUGCGGCUGAUAGGGGCUGGGUGGGACCUAAGAAGAUUAGACGCAACGGCAACGUUUGGAGCUGUGAUGAGGAAAAAGAAGUCAUCAUCGUCGGAUUUGGAAUGGAGGGAUAUUUGGGAAAGGGAAGUCGUGGAGCCAAGCGUGAAGAUUGUGAAGCGAUUUUUGGAGGAGUAGGUUUCCAGCUUUUUCCAGCUAAUCUAUUCUUUGUUCGUUGGGGAAACAAAAUUCUCGGGCGCUCUCUCUCUAGUCGCCUUGCACACGUAAAAAGGUCGGAAUGGGGUUAGCCAGGCGGGGAGAUUGGCUCGACCAACUCACUCAGAAAGGGCGACCAGUUUUGGAGGAGUAGGGCGCCUUUGGUUCAGUGAGUGCCACUGCUGGAGGAGUGUUUGGUACCUUGGGUUGGGUGGCUGGGGUGAGGGGUAUACAAGAAAGAAAAAUAUCAAAAGGAAAUUUUGAAGGUUAACAAAUUUUGUGAAUUUUUCUUCGCCCUUUUUGCUAAUCUUUUUAUUAUUAUUAUUAUUAUUAUGAGUAUUAUUUUGCGGCUUAAAAUUGCGUAAAACCGAAUGACAUUUGGGUUUUCUAUCGUCGAGGAGUGUGUGGAAUUGAAAGAUCACAAGCACAAUUCUACACGGAAAACUCUUUGAAAGCAGUUGAUGAGAACGGUACAAAAAACGCCUUUUCUUUCCGUUUUGGCCUUUUUGGCUUUGCAGACAACACGUUUUGCUUGACAUGUCCUGAUUUAAGGAGAGGGAAAAGGCCUUUGCCUUUCUCUGUUUUUCUUUUUUUUUUCUUCGUUCUCCACUUUUGGAUUCUACCAACUGUUCUUACUGGGUUUCGUAAGUGUUUGUCAAAAAAUUUCUAGCCCUUGGACAAAAGUGCCUUCUCCCUUCUGUUUUUGUCUCAUAAAAUCAGAUGCAAAUUGAUUGACUUGUUUUUAUCACGAAUCUUUGUCUGGAUUGCACAAUUCAGAUCUUUUAGAGUAUCUCCAUUUACAAUAUUCAUGGGCGGCGAUAAAUAAACUAACAACACUAUUCUUCAUUACCUUAUUCUCUCAGCACAUAUUCAGAUUCAGUGACCUUCACUUUGUUUUUGCAUUCCUUGACGUGUCUGUCGCUAAAACGCCGAGCCAAAGGUAUAUCCUUCUAACUCCAAAUAGGUUGAUGUAUUCCUUUGGAAUAGAGUUAUUUUUGCGUUGUUCUAACAUCAUAACAAGUGCUGAUUUCUUCAAGCAACUCAGACUCUAGCUAAGUGUUUGCCAAACCUAACGAGCUGCUCUUAAACAAUGGUACCUAAUAGAUUUUGUCAUAUACUUGACAGAAUUUUUUAAUUCUUCUUCUAAAAUGGAGAAAAAACAAUCAAAAGAUAUUAGGGAGAGCUCAGAGCAUUAAAUUAUUUCCAUGUGAAUCUAGCUUUCAGUUUCAAUUAUAUAUCUGUCCCCUUUUGUUUAUUAGAUAAAAACCCUGUUCAAAUCCUGAGAAGUGCCAACACCAUUCCUCUGUUCUCACCUGAAAGACCAAGCAAGCUUCAAUUUAAUUGCAAAGUUUGAUUCACAAUCCUUAUCCCACAAGAUUUUUAUGUGGAAUUUCCAAUGGUGGCCCUGGAUUCUUGGAACGCCUCAACAGUGGUCCUUGAUGUUUUGCAAUCUGUGUUUAUGGCGAGGAUACCUUAUUUCCAGUUUUUGUACGAUGAAAAAGGCUAUCCUUUCUCUAGCCUGCACCAGCUUAAGUGUAGCCAUUAACUUUUGGGAAGUCACCCCGUGGUCAGUUCUGGUCAUCCACCAAAAGGAUUCUGCUAAGCCAACUUCCCUCAAAUGUGUAGCAGAGAGAGAUAGAGAGCCUGAAGUCAUGGAGCUGGGGUUAUUGACCAAGCUUGUAUGCUUUCCUGUUCAGCCAAAUGGUUUCUUCUCCUGCCAGAAGCUCGUGCAGCUGAAUCCAAUUGCCUUAAUAAUCAUAUGAUAUCUCUGGCGCAUAUGUUCCGUCACAUGGCUUAUUUAUUGAAUGGAGAAUGAGUAGGCAAUUUGACAAGCAGUUUUCAAAAAAUUAAUAAGACAUCAACAACCUAAUGUCUUAAAUCCAGCUUAUACCAACCUUCGUGCACCAUUUGGUCUCAGCCGAAAUGGAAGAAAAAAGAAAGAAAAGCAUUAAAAUUAUGCAGCAGCUUGGAUUAGGAUAAUUAUUGCUAUGUUCAUAAUUGUUUUAUUUUUCUCCCCUCUGCUGCCUGACAACCGGAUGGUGCAUUAAGG